AUGCACGGCGAAAAAUCCCCACGCUUACCGUCUCGCGGCAGAAUGCUGUCUGGCCCUACGCUGUCAAGGAAAACGGCUUCGAUGUUUUUAUCGACGCUCAUUUUAUUCUCAUUUUUCCUCUUUGCCCUUUGGCACGAUAGAGAAUAUCUUUUAGCCGCAGAGGUCGAUACAGAGCAGGGGAAGAAUAUAACCAUCAAUCCUGACAAUUUCUCUUGGGAUACGUGUACACCAAGCAAAGAGCUUGUUUGGCUCGACUGUUACGCUACGCGCCAGUGCGCUCGCCUGAUUGUACCACUAAAUUAUUCCGACCCCAACGGCGAAAUAGCGAUCAUCGCGCUUACUCGCAAGGCUUCUAUAAUUCCUCAGAAUUCCCCGCUAUAUCGGGGUCCAGUACUAUUCAAUCCCGGCGGUCCAGGCGGGAGCGGAGUCGACCUUGUGCUACAGUUUGGCGAUGCGCUUGGGGUCGUCCUUGGGCCCCAGUUCGACGUUGUCGGAUUUGAUCCCCGAGGUGUUGGACGCUCAGUUCCACGCGUCUCGUAUUUCAAGACUGAGGUAGAGCGGCAGCUCUGGGGGGAUUUCGGUCUCCAUGUCGUGAAUAACUCUGACGAGGGCAUUUCGCGAACAUGGGCUCGGUCUGUGGUUAAAAACAAACUUGCUGCUGAAAGUGAUGAUGGGUAUUUGGUGCACAUCAACACCGACAAUACCGCUAGAGAUAUGCUACGGAUCGUUGAAGCUCAUGGCAGGGAAAAACUGCAGUAUUGGGGUUUUUCGUACGGCAGCGUGUUGGGAGCCACAUUCGCCGCGCUGUUUCCCGACAAGGUUGAGCGUUUGGUGAUCGACGGCGUCGUCGACGCUGAAAAUUAUUUUGACACCCUGUGGUCCAAUAACCUUCUGGAUACCGAUAAAGCGAUGCAAUUCUUCUUCAAAACUUGCGCAGAUGCUGGACCACUUGGAUGCCCUUUCUACGCCCCCACCCCUGAGGCCGUUCAACGAAACUUGACGAAACUUUACGACUCUGUCCGCGCCAAGCCAGUUCCCGUUCGUACGGAAACAUCUUACGGACUCCUGGACUACAAUCUCCUGCGUCUGGCUGUGUUUGCUUCCCUUUAUUCGCCUUACGUUACAUUCCUCCCACUUGCAACAGGCUUAUCUCAGCUUGCGGCUGGUGAUGCAACCUUGCUCUUCCAAGCGCUCCAACCACCACCCUUCCAAUGCCCUUCUCAAUUACCUGAGAACGCUUUUAAUGUCAUCCCAGAUGCACAAAGUGCUAUCCUCUGUAACGAUGGGAAAGACAUCCCAGGCGACCUUGAUUCUUCGGAACAAUAUUUCAAGAUGAUCACUGAAAGUUCACAAUGGGGAGAAAUAUGGGCCAGCAUCCGGUUUAGUUGCAUAGGCUGGCCGAAGUUCCCGAAAAAUCAUUUUCAAGGUCCUUUUGUUGGGAAUACGAGCCACCCGAUCCUUUUGGUCGGUAAUACAGCUGAUCCCGUCACUCCUCUGUGGGCUGCAAAGAAGAUGUCGCAGGGGUUCCCCGGCUCAGUUGUUUUGACUCAGGACUCUUCCGGGCAUGCUUCUAUCAAUGCCCCUUCCGUUUGCACCCAAUUCCUCAUCAGGCGCUACUUUGUGACGGGUGCCCUUCCCAAGCCCGGAACGAUCUGCUCCGUUUUUAAGUCGCCGUUCCCAAAUUCUCUCCGCGUUCUCGAAAAUCAAAUGCCAUUCGGGGACUUCGCGGUGGAGGAUGAGCAUUUAUUCAUAGAGGCUAUUGAAACCUUGAGCAAUAACUUGAGGCUCCCGCUUCCGUUGUAG